AUCCCCUUCGCUUUUUAUUCUAAGAAAAAGAGAAGAGGAGAAAAUCGCCUUCAGCCCCUUCUCUGCCCUCCGCCUCGUCCUCCUCUUCGGCGCCGCCACCCCAUCCAGCGGUGUCGCCUCUCCUUCCCGGUAUGUGAGCCGCCGCCUCGCCGCCGCCCCUCCUCCUCCUCCUUAUCUUCCGCCGUCUCGCCGCUGCAGUCGUCCCCCUGAGCAAGCUAUCUAGGCUAGGGUUCAUCGGAAAGAAAGGGAAAAAAAUCCCCAUUCCCUCCGCCGUCUCCUAUGCCCUGCUGCCCGCCUACUCUUCCUCUCCACAGCAUCGUGUUUAUCCUCGACGCAGAAGGACAGUGCGGACUGCAGAGACGCCCUGCCGCCGCUCCUUUUUGUAGGGACGGGGGUGGGGACGGGGGGUCAUCGUGUGAGUCGGAUGGGGAAUGGGGCCUGGGGCCGGAAGUUCCGUCGGAUGGUGGCGGUCGUCGCCUUGGAGGGCGCAGGGGGAGGCGUGCUGCUCGCGUCGCUCACGGAGCUCUACGAAGCGCUCUCAUUCUGCACGGAGGACCCCGCGGGGCUACUUUCCCGCCGAGUCCGCCACGCGAGCGCUCGUGCGGCUGGCGACCCGAGAUGCUGCUCGCCGUGCGCGCCAUCACCUACCUCUACGACGCCAUGCCGUGCGCCGCUGAUACCGUCGUCCGCCACCGCUUGCUCCCCGUGCUCUGCUCACGGCUCCUCGCGAUCGAGUACCUAGAUGUGGCCGAGCAGUGCUUGCAAGCGUUUGAGAAGAUAUCACUGCGGCAGCCGGCACAGUGCUUGCAGGCAGGCAUGAUAACUGUUGUGCUGGUAUACAUGGACCUUGUCUCUGCAAGUAUUCAGAGGGUUGUUGUCUCAGCUGUUGCAAAUGCCUGCAAGAAGGUCCCCGCAGAUUGCUCCCAGUUUGUGAUGGACUCGGUCCCAAUGCUGUGUAAUCUACUGCAGUCUGAGGAGAAGAUGGUAUUUUUACCCACUAAUUUAACCGAGCUUGCUUGUAUUAGGCAUGUACAUAGUGCUCUGCUAAAGGCAAAGGAGAGGUUGACAAUGCAGACAAGGAGAAGUAGUGUCAUGGAUCUGCAUGGAAGUGUCAUCGAGGGAUGUCUGGUGUCAAGGUUUUCACCAAUUACAGCUGGGUCUGACUGCUAAUUGCAUCGUCACGAUACUUCACCAUAGAGCACCAGGUCGAGGACUCCUUGGAAAAAUACCUUUACCUCACGCUACCCAAGGACAGCUACCCGAAUGCUAAGAAGGUAACACCUCUCUCCGGCAUUGAAUUUAUUCAGAAGUGUUCGGCUGCAAUAAUUACCACGGUUUGCUUGCUAAACAAAUAUGAUAAUGCUCCUUUAUUAGUACAAAUUUUCAUGCAUCCAUACAUGCAUUAGAUGCAGAUAGUAGUAUACUAAAGUAAAUUUUCAUACUAACUACGAGCUUCACUAUGAUAAGAGAUCAAGUAUUCAGGCUCUGUCUUUUUAUUUGCUAGAUGCAGACUCUUAACUAUGCCACUUGAUCCACUCUGGAACCACACCAAACGGUAAUACUUGAUGAAUAUAUAGGUUCCUAGGUUUAAUAUGCCAUCUGUUGCUUGACACCGCACCUAUACUAAUUGGCAUCACAUAAUCCUUCAAGUUCUUAUGUGAUCUACAACAUCCUUGUUUAUACAAAACUCUGAUUCACAAUAUAAAAGUGUAACUCUUAAUUUAGGAAUUACUCACCUCACCAUCAGUGUUGAUGAAUUGACAAGAUGACUAGCUCUCUAGAUUACUUUCCUUUAUACAUUACAGAUUCAAAGUUGUUGGUCCCAAUGUCUUGUUGAUUAGAAGGGACAAUACAAAUUACUGAUACACCUCACUGGUGACAUUACUUUGUGUUCAGAACUGAUACAUACAGUAGAAUGCACAGAGCUACUCUGUUGCUUUCCAUUUUGUGUGUGAUAAUGUAGCAUGUUAAUUUGGAUCUCCAAGACACCCAUGCUCUCUUUCCUUCUCUCUAAUAUCUAAUUUCAAGUGUCUUUCCUUUCCUCUUCCAUUGCCUAAUUGGAGUGAUGUUGUAGCAUGUUAUUGCAAUGCCACUGAAGAGAGUAAAAUUGCAGGGUGAUACAUGAGAGCAUGUAUAUAAUUGGUAAGAUCAAGCUUUUUACAGCUUAAACUGAAUUAAACUUGUUGAUAUGGCGAUAGGGUGUCCAGUAUACAUGAUUGUUGAUUAAUUUUUUAUAUAAACUUCUUCCAAUUUGUUCCACUAUGGAUAUGGAUCUCUUCUCUAUGAAGUCCUUUUUGUAGCUUGGUCUUUUUUGUUUGUGGUGCAACUUAAGACCAUCCUGACAUAUUGGCUUAUAUUGCCAUUUUUUCUGAAAGACACGUGAUCAGGUCUUAGGGUAUAGUGUUAUCAUAAUUUCAGAUUACCAAUCCCAGUCUUGGAAUUUCUAGAUUGGGUGAUUCAUGUGCAGGUACAUCAACAAGAAGUUCAGCAAUAAGUACAGCGCGACGAUCGUAGGUGCAAAUCGAUGACCGGCUCUUCACGUUACAAGUUCUUCAUUCUUUCGAUUUUCACUAGCUCAAUUUGCUGAAUUCACUCUUGACGAGCUCAUGUAAGGCGACCAUGAAAUCAGAAGCAGGCCAUGGAGCUUUGGAAGAGCCAAAACAGAUAUGUGAUGAUGCUAGAAGGGUGGGAAUUUGAAGAUGCUACCCUCUGGAACAUGAAUUCUACAGAGGCAGAAAUAGUAAGGUCUGGUCAUGGUGAUGGCUCAAUCAUCUCCAGUGAGCCCUGCAGGGCCAUGUCAAGGACAACACAAGUAGCAAAAUCUGGUCUUUCCUGAUUGAAGUAUGG